AGGUAGAGAGGACGCGGACAAAGGAGGCGGCCGGCAGCCCAGCUGUUUUGAAAAAUGCUUCCUGUUUCUUUAAAGGCGCUCGCGGCUCGGGCGGCCGGGGCUGGGGAGGCGGCGGCGGCGGCGGGGGCUGCCUCCUCUCGGGGCGGCGGCGCUGACUGAUCUCGCGAACUGGGCUUCUGUGUAAACUGAGGCUAAACAAACACAGAUGGAGCGCAGCGGGCGUUCUCCAGAAAUGCUGGCAAGGCGGCAGCGACUUCAGAUGACACUCUGAGCGCUCCGGGAACGGACAGCCCGGCGGCUUCGCGGAGCCGGCGGCGCAGCUGCCCCGGGCGAGGGGGAGAAAGGGAGGGAGGAGGGCGGGCGCGAGAAGGGGGAGAGCCCGAGACUCCCAGGCGCUGAGCGCGGCGGCCGCCCGGGCAGAGCCGGCGCGCGGCGUGCAGAGCGAGCGCGGCGGGCGCGCGGCCCGGGCAGCCCCACGCCCCUGCCUCGCGCGCUGCCCGCGCCAUGAAGCACAUCCCGGUUCUCGAGGACGGGCCGUGGAAGACCGUGUGCGUGAAGGAGCUGAACGGCCUCAAGAAGCUCAAGAGGAAAGGCAAGGAGCCGGCGCGGCGCGCGAACGGCUAUAAAACUUUCCGAUUGGACUUGGAAGCGCCCGAGCGCGGCGCCACCGCCACCAACGGGCUGCGCGACAGGACCCAGAGGCUGCAGCCGGUCGCGGCCCCGGUGCCAGCCCCGGUGGCGCCGGCUGUUCCCUCAGGUGGGGGCGCGGACCCGGCCGGGGAGCGCCGGGGCGCCCGGGCGCCGGAGGUCUCCGACGCGCGGAAACGCGGCUUCGCCCUGGGUGCAGUGGGGCCGGGACUCCCCACGCCGCCGCCACCGCCGCCGCCGCCACCGCCACCGCCGCCUCCGGCGCCCCAGAGCCAAGUACCCGGGGGUUCCGAGGCGCAGCCUUUCCGGGAGCCCGGCCUCCGGCCCCGUAUCUUGCUGUGCGCACCGCCUGCACGCCCCACGCCGUCGGCGCCCCCUGCGCCCCCGGAGUCUUCCGUGCGCCCCGCGCCCCCCACGCGCCCCGGGGAAAGUUCUUACUCGUCAAUUUCACACGUAAUUUACAAUAACCACCCGGAUGCCUCCGCGUCGCCUAGGAAACGGCCGGGCGAAGCGACCACCGCUGCCUCGGAGAUCAAAGCCCUGCAGCAGACCCGGAGGCUCCUAGCGAACGCCAGGGAGCGGACGCGGGUGCACACGAUCAGUGCAGCCUUCGAGGCGCUCAGGAAGCAGGUGCCGUGUUACUCCUACGGGCAGAAGCUGUCCAAACUGGCCAUCCUGAGGAUCGCCUGUAACUACAUCCUGUCCCUGGCGCGGCUGGCUGACCUCGACUACAGUGCCGACCACAGCAACCUCAGCUUCUCCGAGUGCGUGCAGCGCUGCACCCGGACCCUGCAGGCUGAGGGACGCGCCAAGAAGCGCAAGCAGGCUCCUCGCUGGGUCCUCCAUGUUUCCCAGAGGCCUCUGGGCCCUGAGCCAGGGAGGCCCCCCAUGGACUCUCCUGCCUCCGCCGGGGAAGGCCCCGCACGUCCUCCCCGCCAGCCAGCCACGGCCGCUGCCACGUCCACAGGUCUGGCAGGCACUGGGCUGGAGGGAUCACUGGCUGGGGAGCCUCACAGGAGUGACUGGCCCCAGUCUAGGCCAAGGAUGCUGCUGUGGGCCCUCUUUCUGGUCAAGCCCAAGGAGAAGGUGAGCUCUCCAAAUCCAGCCUUGUCUUCUUCUCCAAGAUGCCGCCAGAUGCUCAGACCACUGCCUGUCAGGGUGCAGGGGCACAUCUGCCUCCCUCGCACCCUCCUGUCCCCUCUCAGCCACUCCGGUGACUCCGCACUUUGCCCUCUGCCUGGUGGGGAGGGGAGAGCAAAGCCUCCCCCUUGCCCAGGGCUGCAGAAAUUCAUUGCCAAAGAUUCCACAGAGACACUGAACAAAUUGUGGUGAUAACAGCCCACAGUGAGAAGCCACACCAUUGCUCUAUGACUUUGGCUCCUCCCAUUGCCAAAGCCAUCCCAAGCCAAAGACGAGUCAGCAGUCCCGCUGGAAACUCAUGGAAGGGAUGGACAUUUGGUGACCAUGGAAGUGCUCGACCCUCUGACCUGGAACUCUCUUUCUACAUUGGGCCCUGAGCUGGCUGGGUACAAGAUAAACUUUCUGGGGGUGGCGAGAGAGGGCUGGGGGUGCUUGUACAGAGUGGGAUAUGAGAUCCUGGCCCUCUUCUUGCCCUCCCACUGGCUGCCCAGGCCUCUGACCCUGAUUCUCAGUGUUCCUUGGGUCCAGGCUCCUUGGGCUCUGAGCAUCAAGGCAAGGGAGGAAGGGGGAGGAAAGAAGCAAUAUUGACCAUCCUGUACCCCACCCCAGGGACUUGCCCCACCAGGGUCACCUAAAGGGUCUUUGUUCCCCAGCCAGCCCAGCCAGCCACUCCUUGCCUGUGGUCCACCCUCCUGGCUGGGAAAACAAGAUGGUUCCCUGCAUGAAGGCCAGUAGUCUAUUCCCAGUUAUGCAGAGGGACAGAGGGGAGGAAGGGACCAGGGGAACGGGUCAGUAAGUUGGGGAAGGUGCGGGCCGGGGGGCAUGUUCAAAGCCAAGGCCUGUUCCUUCCUUGUGCUCAAAAGGCCAAAGCUGUUCACAUCUGUGCUCAACCAUCUGCUUCAAAUUGAAGUAAAAGCCCCAACAUGUAAAGAAAACACUUGCUCGUGUUGAAUGGACUCUGUGGGUAACCAGGACCUUGGCUGGUCAGUUGAGGGCCAGUUGUGCGGGAGGGGAGAGGCUGGUCUCGGCCUAGAGGUCGAGAACCCUUCAGGAAGUGGGCAGCGUGUGAGUGUGUGCAUCUGUGUGUGUCAGGGGGUAGGGGGCCCUCACCAUGACCUCAGCCUGGACUAGUGACCAGGAGGCCUGGUCAGAAACGUGAGGAGCUCUUUCCACUUCAGACCUCACUCACUUCAUUCAGCCCAGGGAUGCCCUCUCUUGUCUGCUCCUCAGGCUCCUGGGCUGGGGCUGGAGGGUCUGCAGGCCCAGCUGGCAGACAGGAGCCUCCUCCCCUUGCACUAAUGUUUCCCAGGCACAGCCCUUUGCCCAGGACCAGGUUGUUGGGCGGGCCUGGAUCUGGGACAGAAGCAGGGGAUCUGGAUGGCUCAGAGCACUCCUUAGAGCAAAGGUGCCCUGGAAGCCAGCCAGACAGAGCGGGCUUGGGAUGGGGGCAACAAGGGGACGCUUAAGAAAGGUUGGUCACCUGGGGGCGCAUGGGUGGCUCAGCUGGUGAAACAGCCGGCUCUUGAUUUCUGCUCAGGUCAUGACCUCAGGACCCUGGAAUUAAGCCCCGAGUUGGGCUCCGUGCUCAGCAGGGAGUCUGCUUGAGGAUUCUCUCUCUCUCCCCACCCCCCCGCCCUUCCCACUGCUCACACACACUCUCUCUCUCUUUAAAUAAAUCUAAAAAGAAUAGAAAGGUUGGUCACCUAGGACUCCAGGCACAGGUCACAACCCCACUCACUUGUCUCUCUGAAUUUCUGAGUAAUACCUGUGGCACUUCCUAGGGAAACAGGAAAUGUGGACCAAUGAGCAUCAGGCUUAUUGACAUAAGAGGACCCUUUCUGUUAUUAAAAGGUGGGGAGGUACCCCCAUCGUGCUGCCAGGGGACCAGACCUAUGGCCUUCCCACUCAGAAACAACGCAUGGCCUCCACUCCCCACCCCUCUCUUGUUCCUGGCCUUCAUUACGUACUUCCCUUUCAGUCUGAAGCAUCUGUGGAUCAUCAGCUGCAUAUCAGACAUCAAGCUAGUUGUUGGCAAUAGAGAGAUGGAUCUCACACAGCACCUAUCUUCACAGAGGUCAUGGUUCUGUACAGACAAGCAAAUAAUUAUGAUGCAGUCAGUUGUCUAAGAUGUUGUUGGGAACUUCAGGAAAGAAAAAAACUAAUUCUCCCUAGGCAGGUGUCAGGAAGAGCUUUCCUCCAAAGGGGCCAUGGGAGUUGGGUCUUGAAGGAUGAAUAGAAGUUUUCUGUGCAGAGGAAUGAGAGAAGGGCUUUCUAUGCAUAGGAAUACUUAGCCCUGGCAGGACAUUGGAAUCACCUAAGGAGAUGAUUAAAUAUUGAUAUGAAGUAUUUAUGCCAAAGUCCCAUCUCCAGAAAUUCUGAUGUAUUGGUCUGGAGUGUUCCCUGGACACUGGGAUUUUUAAAAACUCCCUAAGUGAUUCCAAUGUGCCAGCAAGGCUGAGAGCUACUGGUUUAAGUGGUCAGCUCUCGGACAUAAAAGCAGCUUAGAAUCACUGAUACGGGAUGCAGACUGGGCCAAAGAUGCGGCUGGAUGGAUGUGUGUGUGUUUACGGCUUUGUGUGCACAUGCCCACACACGUAUGCAGAGGAAUGAUCAAAAGUCUAUGCUUUUCUUUCUUUUUCCAGCUUCCCCACCAGCACGGCAGUUUGUGUUUUUGCACGCACACACACAAACACAUUCCUUCUCGUGUACACAUGCACACCCAUAGAUGCACUUGCAUGUAUUCCCAGGGAAGGGAAAUCGGUUUGAGAUAGAUUCAGAUUUCCUCGACAGUCUUUUAGACGGUUUUACAUAAGCAACCAUUCAAGAAGACCCUGGCCCAAAUAAAAAUUAUGAAGAGCCACCCUCUUCAUGUCCCGGUCCAGCGGAGGGUUUUGGUCACGGAGCCCCUGCAGGCUUGUGUGUGGCACCCCCUCCUGCUUUGUUGUUUGCUCUGGGUCCCGCGGCCCCAUGUGCCUGGGAUGGCUCAUCAGUCACCAGCUGCAGAAGGACCCAGGGCACCUGCGUGAGUGUGAACACACACGUCUGCGCGUGUACCUCUGUGUGCGUGCCCGGUUCGUGCAGCCCGCGUGCUCCCUGCUCUCCGCAGGACAAAAACUCCAGAGCACGGCUCCAGGACGCGGAGCUUGCAGCUCCACUGAGCUCCACAAGGCUCUUCAAAAAUUCGGGGCACGGAGGCUGCACUGCUUCCUGGUUCCGGCCUCGGACCAUCCCAGAAGAGAGGCUGAAGUUCUGGGGAGGGCGGUCCACAAGCCCCUGGGCCCCCAUCUGGGCUCACAGCUUGGCCAGGGCCCCGGGUGGGCUCCAUACUCCCUUGGGGCCUUGUGGCCCGCCACUCCGGCCUGAGACCUCCUCCUCCCCUCCCUCUACCACCCCAAGUCCUCCAAGGCCCUGGGCUGUCCUUUCCCUUUUACCCCACCCUCUCCCCUCUCCCCUUCCUCACCAGCCAGUGAGGAGGAGGGGCAGGACCCAGGGCUGGGGAACUGGGUGACUGUGUGUGGGGACUGAGACAGGAGCUGGAGGAACAGAGGCCCUUCGUGGCCACGGUCCGGGGCAGUGAUGUGGGCGCCGCUCGUUAGGCGGAGGCCAGCGCUGUGCUGUGGUCAGCCAUGGGAGGCCAGCUGGGGGUCUGGGUACGGCACUUGCCUCCUUCUUGCCAUGCUGUUUUCUGAGUGACAAAGUCCUCGCCAGUGGCCCAAUGACAGAACAAGACUUGGACGUCUCUAAGUGUUUCCUCGAAGGGGAUUUGUACUGCCAUUUUCACUCUGACCUCUUGCUGUCGCCCCUCCUGCUCAGCUGUGGUCUGUCUCCAGGCUCCAGGGGGACAGGGAGGCAUGGAGGGGGCCCUCCCUGGGGGGCAUGGGGGGAAGGGCAGCUGGCUUCAUCCUCCGCUACCCACCCCCAUCUUGGUUCUCACCUUGGCACUGGUCUCCCCUCUGAGACCCCGGGCCCCAGACAAGCUCUGUCUGCCUUCCUGAAGCCAGGCACCUGCAAGGAACUUGGAUUUACCCACAAUGACCUGGUUUUACAGAUAUUUGGGCACAUGUCUCCAUAGCACAACCUCCAGAUGGUGCUAUGAAUUCCUAGAGGGCAAAGAUUGGGUCUAAUUCAUUUCCAAAUCCUCGAAAAGGCCUUGCAAAAUGUAUAUAUUGGUUUCUCUGUUAAAUGAAUAAAAAGUGGAAAAUA